GCAUGCGUGACGUGAGUAGACGUGAACGAUCGGAUGACAGUUUUCAAGAUUUUAAAAAUACGUGUUAAUAUUCAUAUUUAAAAGUAAUAUUUUUACAUUUUUUAUCUUUAUUUAAACGAAUUAAAACUUCGGCACCAACGCUGAAAUUAAGUGAUUAGCAAUAAUUUUUUAGUACAUCAGUGACAGUCACGUUUGUUUAUUGGUUAACAUCCGCCAUUUUGUACUGUCGUUUGUUUAGUGACUGGGGCUCUAUCUAUCCUAGUGAUGCCAAUAGCAUUAACCAGGAACAUUUUGUGAUUUUACAAGUGGUGUACAAUGUAUAUUCAAGAAACGUUGGUUUCAAAGGGUAUAAAUUAAAACGUGUGACUUGUUAACUGACGUCUGUAAUACUCUACCUAUGUGCCGGAUGUGUCCUACAAUCGGUUAGGGCGAUUUUACGUGCCACCUUGAGUGGUGUACGUGUCCCGAUACCUAUGCUGCCAAGAAUAUGAGUAGCAACGGGAAUCAGGUGCCGUUGGCGCCGAGUCAGCGAGGACCCGGAUCUUAUCCACGGGCGUCAACACCACACAGACCGGUGGAAUGUUACCACCCAUCAGGCGCCGCCGGAGCCGGUUAUAUGCCGAGCUCAUCCGGUGGCGCGCAGCCCUCGGCGCAGGCUUCGCUGAGAGUCCAGCCGACACCGCAGCCAUCGGCACCGCCGGCACCACAACAGGACAUGUCCAAAACAACCAUGGCUGGCCAUAGUUACGUUACUCAGAACCAAACACCGCCAACUCGACCGCAGUUUACCAACUACCCGUAUAGAACAGCGCAGCAUGGCACGAGGCCCAACACCCAUCCAAGGCAACAACAGCCCUACAUCCCUAACGCUGCCACUGCAUCACCGCCUGUUAUGUAUCCAACGUUAGUAUUUCAACCUACGCCGAUGGGGAUGCAAACUUUCCAGCCGCCUAGAUCGAGUACUCCGGGGUACUACCCGUAUAUGGGAUAUAUUAACUAUAAUACACCACCGAGUCACACUCCUCCAUAUUUUUAUACGUCGAACAAUCCGCAGCUGCCAACGCCAAAUUUACAAACCAGCGCUCCAGGUGGUAGAAGUAAUCCCACUACUUUGGUGGGACCACAGGGUACACCUGCAACUCCCACUGCGCCCACUGCCACGCUUCCUCACCCACAAGCUUCUACACUCAUGCACCAAACUAUGCCUGGUAUUCGCUCUUCCGCUCCGAAAAGAAGUCAUAGGGUACCAAUCAUAGACCCUAAAACAAAACAAGAAAUAUUCUCUGAUUUAUAUACUAACGAUAGUAACUAUAUAAGCAACGAAGCUAACGAUCGCCACACCCCUCAACCCGAGCCAACACACAGUAUCCCCGAAGAAUUUAAUAGAAUGGUCAAGGAAGUAGCCAAUCAACCUUCUUGUGAUAACUCUAUUAAAUCGAAUUAUGUAACAAAUAAUGUGGAUGUACCUGCUGCAUCGACGCCAAGUUCUGUCCAAAGCCAGCCAAUUGCAGUAAAUUCAUUAAAUAAUAACAUUGUAAAGUCUGAAAUAUUAACUGUUAACGAAAAUAAACAUUUAGGACCUGAUGUUGCCGGAGAAUCGAAUGAUACUCCAAUAGUAUCAGCAAUAUCAGACAGUCCUGUUAUAGUGCCUAAAAUGCCUAUGAAUAUUAAGCAACUACAAAAGAAUAGUGAACCCUUAGUUCAACCUGUAGUUCUAGAUACGAAUAAGAAUUUACCACCAAGUAAACCAUUUAAACCAAGCAAAAAUGUGCCUCAACUUGAUGAUUUAGAACAGCCACAAGAAAAUAUUAUACAAGUACCAAUAGCAACAGUAGCACCAAUUUCGAGCUCGACAGUGAUUACGUCUACUGUCACACCCGUGCCUGCUUCAACGCAAACUGCUACAGCUAGUGAACCGGCAACGCCCGUUCCUAUUUCUACACCUGCGCCACAGCCGCAGAGAAUAAGAGAACCCAGGGAAAGAGUCAAAUCUGAUGACAAAGAGAAAGUCAAAGAGCGGGAGUCGCAAGAAAAAGAGGCUGCGUCUGCGUCUAAUAAGCUUAAUGGCCCGACACCACCUUUAGUGAUUAGUUCAGUUGAUAGCUUGGCAGAAGCUAUCAUCCUUCCAACUAGUCAAAAUAAUCAAGGAUUAGGUGUGGAGGCUGCAAAGAAACUAGCAAUUAAGCAGAUUUCUCCAGCCCUUGAGGCUGAAACUACUGCUACCAUAGCAUCCAAUGUUGAACUUGUCAAGAGUGAACCUAUUGUUGAAAGUCCUCCUACUGCCACACAAUUGUUGUCUGCUAGUAUAGAGAAAGUUGCUAAAGAACAGUUUACAAAGGCACCGGAACUUAAAGAAGGAUCAAGUGCGAUAGAAGCCCAAGCUAAAUUAACACAGAGUAUAUCUAGUGUUCUGCGCACUAAUCAAUCUGAUUUUAAAAUGAAAGAUAUUAACCUAAAUAAUAAGACUACAGAUCCAGAUACUGCCAAUGGAAACACAACAGAGACAGUUAAAGCUGAGACUGUUAGAGAAGAUAUAAACAAAAAUGAGAAAGGAUUGAAAAAUACCAAGAACAACAAUAAGAAGUCUAAUAAUAAAAUGGCGAAUAAUGAGUCAAAUGUUAAAGAAGUCGAGUCAUAUGAAAAUGGUAAAAAUGAGACUGAUAAAGUAGUUAAUGUAGAAAAAGAUAAAAUCCAGCCUGCCGAUGAAGUGGCUGCCCCUAUGCCUGUGCCAGAAGAACCUGUGAAGAAUGAACCACCAGCACCACAAAUUUUUGUGCCUAAAUACAAAUAUAAUGAAGAUCAAUGGUCUCCACUUAACACAGCUGGCAAAAAAUGCUAUGACAUUGAUUUGCUGAAGCAAAUAAAAGAUGAUCCGCUUUCUAAGAAUAAGCCUAAUGUUCCAUUAUUGGAGCAUUGUAAUGUCAUCAGGACAACACCAAUGCAAGAGCCACAGCCAUUCACGCCUAUGUCGAGGCCUAUGAAUGAUUCUCUGUUUCCUCCAUUUGCCAAGAAUUCUGGUAUGGGAUCCAGGAGUAAUGCUCCUCGGGAAACUAAGAAAGAUUCAAGGAAUGCUGCUCCAGCUGGUAAAGGAAGUGUCAAACUUCCUCCAAAUCCAAACAGCAACAGCCCUCAUAAACCUGUUAUUCAUGUAUCACUAUCGUUACGAGAGGAAGUGAAACUUAAUGAAGUAGACUCUGCAUGGAAACCUACUAGAUUCCGUAAAGAUACUAUAAAUGAAGAGGAGUACAGAACACAGGAACUGUACAAAAAGUUCAGAGGCAUAUUGAACAAAUUAACACCGCAAAAGUUUGACACUCUUUUGGAGAGAGUCAAAACAUUGGAAAUUAACAAUCAGAAGCGUUUGGAAGGUGUGAUUGACUUGGUAUUUGAGAAAGCCAUUGAUGAGCCUAACUUUUCUGAGGCAUAUGCUGCCAUGUGUCACAAGUUGUCUGUUUUGAAGGUACCAGCGGAUAACCCCACGAUGCCUGACAAGUGUGUCAAUUUCAGAGCUCUCAUAAUUAAUAAAUGUCAAAAUCAAUUCGAGACUCAUAAAGUUGAUGAGCAAAUAUUAAAACUAGAAAGUGAGCUUGCUGCUUCUAAUGACCCUCUCAAGAAAAAGGAACUACAGCUCAUGAUUGAUGAAGAAAAUAGACGCGUAAGGAUGAGGUCUGUAGGAAAUGUGAGAUUUAUUGGUGAAUUAUACAAAUUAAAAAUGUUGACAUCAAAAAUUAUGGACUAUUGUAUGAAAUAUUUAAUUGAUAAAGUUGAAGAAGAAAAGCUUGAGUGCCUGUGUAAAUUGCUUACAACUAUCGGUGAACAAGUGGAGAGUGAACCUGUCACUCAACUUGAUAAUAUAUUCAAGAAAAUGAAGGAGAUUGUGGAUCGUAAGUCCAACAAAAUAAGCAGCCGCGUCAGGUUUAUGCUUCAAGAUGUUAUUGAACUGAGAGACCGUAAAUGGGUAGCCAAGACAGUUAUUGAUUCACAACCCAAAAUGAUGGAUCAAAUUCAAAAAGAAGCGGAACAACAGCAACGUCACAUUGAGCUAAUGAAUGCUAACCCUAUGGGUGGAUUCCGACGUGACGAAGGUGGCCGUGGCAAGCGAGGCGACAGCCGUAGACAGAACGCCAAUAAUUCAUUUAUUGAUAACAAUUGGAAAUCUAGAAAUACUUACACUGUUGACACCAGCAAGCUUAAAGCUGUGACACAAAAGAAUUUGCAUAAUAUUAAAUUAGCUCCGCAAAAUUCAGCUUGGCAUCAUGGAUCAGGUACAAAGAAUACUGCGCAGGCGAGUAGUAGUCCAAUGAUCAGUAUAAGCAAAAAUAUGUACAGUGUUCUAGAGAAUGUACAAACUGAUCCUACAUCACUAAGAGGUAAUCGGGAUAUGACUCCUAAUUUCUCCAAAGGGGCCUCUAUCGAAAGGUCUACAUUUAACUCCAGAGGUGACUUCACAGCGAGUGGAAGUAGCAGCCGUUCUGGGUCGGUGGGCGUCGCACGCUCUAACUCUGGCACUCGAAGUACGAGCGCCGCACCAACUACUCCGCCAGUAAUAAACGAUACACCAGCACCAGCGCCUGCUCCAGCUGCAGUUCCUCAAGAGCCUCUGCCUGAGGCUAAGAAAAAAUCUAUCAAAUCUAUGAUAGAUCUUUGUAUCAUUAAUUCAGACGAAGUUGAAAUGGUUGCUGAUGUCAAGCAGCUGUACGAAGCUAAAUAUCACGCUGCUGUGGUUAACGAAAUACUACAAAUCGCUGUAGAAAAGGCAGCAAAAGAGAUUGCGCUUAUAUCUAAAGCAUUGCUCAAUUUGGUGACUUCAAAUACCAUAUCUGCUGAUAAUUUUGUGGCGGGCAUCAAAGAAAUACUAGAAUUUGCGCCUGAUUUGUUCAUAGAUAUUCCUAUGUUGUAUGACAAUUUAGGAAAAAUUAUUGCUCCCCAAAUCGAAAAGAAGCAUAUCACAUUUGUACAGAUAUUUAGGCUUUGUGAAGUGAUCAUUUCUGCUAAUCAUGGGCCUCUAUUUUUGAAAGCCAUUAUUAGAGAGCUCAUAGAAAGUAUGGGACCUUCCUUUGUUAAAAGCAAAUGGCAAGAGUCAGGCCUUCAAGUUAAACAAUGGAUGGAUGAAAAACAGGUGACGAAGUGGUUGGAAGAUAAUAAAUUGGAAUUUUUGGAAGGAGACACGAAGGUUAGCGAAGAAGCGAAAAAAAUCAUGACACCAGCUCAGACCCAAGCCAAAUUGAUCCAACUCAUGAAUGUUGAUGAGAGUUGUGAAUGUAUAAAAGGAUGGAUUCAGGAUAAACUCAGCAGUUUUACUAAUGAAGAUUGGUUUAUGCGAGCACUAAUCCAAGCCAUAUGCGAACAUGCCCUUUUCGGUGCUGAAGGACGCGAUGUACCGCACUUCAACCAAGAUCGCAUGAAUAAAUAUGCGAGUCUGAUACACGACUUUGGUGAAACGAAACAGUCAAGAGAAGCGAGCUGUUUAUUUGGUAUACAGCAACUUAUUCGAAGGCUAGAACACCCACAAGGCUUAACUUUAGAGAUAUUCCAAUAUCUACAUGAACAAUAUAUUAUUUCACUAGAUGGGUUUAUAGCGUGGGAAAUAUCUGAAAAAGAGCCAGAAGGAAAAGGUGUAAUGAUGAAGGCGUUGACCUCGUUCUUUACGAACAUCAAGGAGGCCGACAACGAGGACUCAUGCAGCGAGGACUGACGAGCGCCCUACCACGCGGUUGCGAUGCCGCCGCUGUUUGCGCCGGUGAUCGCACCCGUGCUGAUCGCGGCAACGCCCGAGGCAUCGUCUGCAUUCAACGUCUUCUAUAUUUUUAUAUAUUAGAAUCAUCCUAAACGGAACUCAUAGAUUAUAUUAUUAUUCUAAUGAUAACGCUUAACCUAACAGAAGCUAGAAAAAAGUUGUAUAAUAUUUUUUAACGCGAAUAGUUAUUUAUCAAGAUUUUAAAUUAAAUUUGCUUCAAAAUUUUAUGCAUGGUUCGGUAUUGUACCUAAUAUAAAUUUAGGAAAUUUCAUCAGGUUUAUUUUCUAUGGGUGUAAUCUGCAUGGUACAAUGUAAUCAUUUUACUAUUGAAAUAUUAUAAUUAUGAACGACUGUUAUAAUUGUCAGAUAUUCAAUGUUUUUAUUUCCAUGAUCCUAAUAGCACUGUGUGUGCAUUUCUCUGUUCUCAAGAUUGCAAUAUCUUUAAUAUUCCUUUUAAUGUUUUAUUUAAAUGUUUUUACUGCUUUUAAUAUAUUUAUAUAUUAAUAGAUUACAAUUGAAAGUCGUAAACUUUUAUCCUACUCUGAUUAUUAUUUUAUUUUAUAAAUCUAUUGUAUAAUGUCAAUCUUGACAACAGAGAAUUUUAUCUCUGACGCAAUCCGCAUGAUAUGAAUUUUUUGCGAUAGUCGCCUACUUAUACAUGUUUCAUUUUAUCUUGACUCGUCCGGACGCUUCACCAUUUUACUAAAUUAACUGUAUAUUCUGGUCUACUAUACUUAGUUACUUUUGCAUGCUUUCUUUGGGUUAUAGCUUAGUCGUAUUAGUGAAGUCACUGUUUAGAAAAAUAUGUACACGUACUCCUGUUUAUAAGUUAACUGUUAUCUGGUUUGAUGAUGAAACUAAUAGUUAAUAUAUGAAUCUAAUUAUUUACUUAAAUCAUAUAAUUCUAUAGUUAAUGAAUGUUUGUUUUUCAAAAGGCUGAAUGCAGUAGCGGAUUUAUGAUGAACGAUUCCCAAACGCCAGGUUGUUGGUGUUCUGUUAAAACGUAACUUUAUUUUUGUAAAUCAAUUUAUGACAUGUGGGUUAUAGUCUGCCGUAUGAUCCGUCACUGCAAACAGAUAGGUAAAUGUAGGUAAUACGAUCAUUUAGUGUGAGCACCAUACUUAUCUCGUACAAAAAGUACUUGUUAUGUCGUUAAUACGGUUGUAUUAAUAAAACUUGGUAAAUACUUGUAUAGAUAAUGUUAAGUGUUGUGCUUGCACAGAUGUCAGGCGCAGUAGCGGAGUAUUACAGCGCCGGAUCCCCAGUCACGUUGUUAGUGUCUUGUUGAACAUAAAGGCCUUUGGGUAUUUGGUUCCACGGUGGAAUCCGCCGCUGCACACAGAUUCUAGAAUUGUUCACAAUACAGCGUUGAUUCCAACUCAAUUAUAGUUAUAAAUAUUUAAUGAUUGACCCCUCACCGGAUACUUCGAACCAUGGCUAUUUACACUAUUAGUAAUUUGGUUUCACUUAAAUCAGUUCAAUGUUUCAUUACCGAUGCAUAUUUAAAUUUGCCUUAAUUUAAAUUGAGAAGAGUAACAGUUUCUUUACGUGUAUGAUUUCUCUGAUUUUAAUUAUUUUCAAUUUCAUUUAUUUUAUUUCCUUUAUUAAUAUUCAGUAAGUUUUAAUUUCUUAAUUAUGUUUUAAAUAUUAUUUUUCAAAAACUGCAAGUUAUAUUAUACUUUCUUAUACCAUGUAACUUUUGAUUUAAUAGAUAUUUUUAUUUAGUUUUAAUUUAAAUAGUUAGCUGUGACUCAGUAAGCAGUGGUAUUUGUCUCAAAUUUUCGUGAAUUCAUUUGGUCGGGUCCGAGGUGCGCAGCGAGUAGUGCUGGCGAAAGCGACUCGUUCGCCUUUGUCAUGGAUGGCACGCUCCGCUCUCCGUCCUUUAUAAGUAACGUUCACUUAACUGUCUCCGCUGCUGAGUUUUUUUUAUUACUUAUUAGCUACUCUUGUCAGUUACUAUGUAUGUUAUGUAAAUAAACUUUUUAAAAAAAGCUAAUCUUUACUGAGUAUUCCUAUUUAUGAACACCACAGUGUAAAACAAAAGCAAUAAUUGAUUUAAUAGAUCUACAACUUCAUCAUAGUGUUAAUGUACUCAAAAUACAAGAAAAUAUUUACAAUUUUAUAAAUUUUAUAUUAACAGGAUUGAGAUUUGUAUAUAUACAUUUAGUUUAAAACAAAUUCAAUAUAAAAUAUUACCAUAACAUGAAGGUGGCCCGUGGUGUUAAAUAACACCAAGCAUCUCAAAAUCUAUAAAAAGUUGCAUAUUUUAGUAAAUAAUAUACAGUAUUUCCAUACAUUAAAGAGUAAUAAAUAUAUUAUUUGUUGUACAAACGCCUGUUCCCUUGCUGUCAUAUAAUAUAGUAUAAUAGAAAGGCAGCUAUCUUUACCUAGCAAAUAAAAUAAGAAAGACUGAAACUCAAUCCAAAUAUUUAAAAAAUAGAACUAAUAAUUUAUCAAGAUUACGAGUCGCAUGUAGCGUCGCGUUUGGCGUUAUGUAUUGCGUGGAAGUUACAGAUCACUGCCAAUCCUUUUCUCUUUCUCGUUCUGCCUGCUAGAAAAAGAUAGCAUUCUAAAUGAUGAUCGCUAUUAUUACAGCAGGUUGGGCUAAUAUAAUCCAAUGACCAGUUUCUCGUCUCUAUUUUGUUAUGGGAACUACAUUCUUUAUGUGCGUAACGGAAUUUAUUAUCCAUACAUACUUUCGUCCGUGUCGUGUUGUUUCGCUUUUUAUUUUUGUUGUGAAAUUAAAAUGUGCUACACUGUAGAACUUUAGUAAUUUGUUCCAAUUGUUAUUGACAUUGUUUAAUCCUAAAACAUAUCGUCCUAAGUUGCAAUAAUGAAAAAUUCGUAAGAGACUUAAUACUAAUUGUGAGAUUUUUAAGCUAAGCACAGAACUUGUGUUGUAACCCGUUUAACCAUACUGUUGUGUUAAUAAAAUCUAUCAAUAACAACUUUAUUGUUACUGUUAUAUUACGGCGGAGUUAAAUAUUGAUAUAUUAAUAAUAAUACA